AUGUUCCUUCGCUCCGUCUCGCGCGCUGCUCCUCGCAGCACCGCUGCCAUCCGCUCGGGCCCAAUUGCUUCCCUGAAUGCUGUGCAGACCCGCGCCUCCUCCGACCAUGCCAUCGCCAACCCUACUCUCGCCAGUAUCGAGAAGCGCUGGGAGGGCAUGCCCCCUCAGGAGCAGGCCGACCUGUGGAUGCAGCUCCGCGACCGCAUGAAGGUGGACUGGCACCAGAUGACCCUGCAGGAGAAGAAGGCCGCCUACUGGAUUGCUUUUGGUCCUCAUGGUCCCCGGGCUCAGGCCCCCAAGGGUGAGGGCUGGCGGAUCCUCUCCAAGGUGACGCAGCUUACUCUCGCCUCCGUCGCCGUCUUCUACGCCGUCCACGCCUUUGCUGGCAACCAGCCCAAGACCAUGUCCAAGGAAUGGCAGGAGGCCUCCAACGAAUACGCCAAGAGCGAGAAGAUGAACCCCAUCCACGGCAUCAGCAGCGAGAACUACGAGGGUCAGGGCUUCGUGCAGAGCCCGCCUCUCGAGAAGUCAUAG